AGGGGGAGGAAUCGCGUGGAUCAGACUAGCGCAGGCGCACUCUUGUGAUCUGCGUGCUCAGUCCUGCGUUUCUCGUCUCCCUCGUGCCUCCUUUUGUGCUCUGCAGGGUUUGCGUUGGGUGCUGAAGUCAACCGCCCGAGCUCGCGCCCCGUGUUAGGCUUAGCUAACUGGCUCCUACUUCCCCCUCCCCUCUCGCCCCUAUCAGGUGGGCCGUGCCUGUUCCAUGGUGAGCCAAGAGGACUUUGACCUCCAGGGCGUAGUCCGUGGGGGGGCUUCAGGCGCCCCAGUCCCGCCUCCCUCCUCUUCUCCAGUCUCUCCUCAGUUCUCUUCGGGUGGAGGCAGUCCCCUAUCCCGCUGUAGCCCCAGCGCGGCCUUUCAGUUCGCCUCCUGGCUUGGCGGCAAAGAGCAGGAGCUCUCCCCCUGUGACUGGCAGGCAGGGAGGCAAGUCGUCCUCCCCCCCCCCCCCGCAGAAACUCGCACUGACAGUCCAGGGUCGCAGGUCCUGGCGGCAUGGAGUAUGCAAUCUGCCUUGGAUUUCAGUGAGAAAGGUGGAUUAUAAAUAAACAACAAUAAUAAUAUAUCUAGUGCUACAAUAUUUUGAACACCAUUUUCAGUAUACUGCAUUUGCUGCUAACUAUUCUUCACCUGGUGACUGUUUGACCCUUGUGACAUUACUGAAGUAUGGUUUCAGUCUCUGAGUACAUAAACAACAAAAAACACCAGCAGUAGGGGUCAAAGAAGCUAGUGAACACAGUUCUGAGUUGUGCAGAUGAUGCAUUGGCUGGAAUUGUGGCCUGUAAUCCUGGCCUCCAACUGCUGCAGGGUCACAGAGUGGCAUUGCGUUCUGACCUGGAAAAUGUGGAGGGCAAAGUGGCACUUAUAUCUGGAGGUGGUUCAGGUCAUGAGCCUGCCCAUGCAGGAUACAUUGGGAAGGGAAUGCUCACAGGAGUGGUGGCUGGCCCAGUGUUCACUUCUCCUGCAGUAGGCAGCAUUCUGGCAGCAAUCCGAACUGUGAGACAAGCUGGAGCAGUUGGGACACUGCUAAUAGUGAAGAACUAUACUGGGGAUCGUCUGAAUUUUGGGCUGGCACUGGAGCAGGCACGGGAAGAAGGAGCUGUUGUGCAAAUGGUGGUGAUUGGUGAUGACUCUGCCUUUUGGACACAAAAGAAGACUGGCAGGAGAGGUCUCUGUGGCACAAUACUCAUACAUAAGGUGGCUGGGGCUUUGGCUGAGGAAGGUGUUGGUCUGAAUGAAAUUGUUCGCAAAGUUACUCCUGUUGCAGCAGCAAUGGGCACCUUGGGAGUGAGUCUGUCCCCAUGCAGUGUCCCUGGAUCCAAACCUACUUUUCAGCUUGCUGAGGACGAAUUUGAACUAGGCUUGGGAAUUCAUGGUGAAGCAGGUGUACGCAGGAUGAAAAUGAUGCCAGCAGAUAAAAUAGUGAAAAUAAUGCUAGAUCACAUGACCAAUCCUUCCAAUGCCUCACAUUUGUCCCUCAAGCCUGGUGCUUCUGUAGUCUUGGUGGUGAACAACUUGGGAGGCCUGUCUUACUUAGAAUUGAGCAUAGUGGCUGGGUCAGCCGUGCGCUGUCUUGAGAACAGGGGCAUUCACAUUGCCCGAGCUUUCGUUGGCUCCUUCAUGACUGCACUGGAGAUGGCUGGUGUCUCGCUUACACUUCUGCUUGUGGAUGAUGAGCUCUUGAACCUUAUUGAUUCAGAAACCACAGCUGUGGCCUGGUCACAACAUGCCAGAGUGUCGGUAUCACGCAAGAGAAGAGAGAGGAUAGCACCUGAGAAAUACCCCGAGGAAGAGAAGUUUGUUCCAACAGGAGUGCCAACCUCCCAACAGAUUAUAUUAGUUCUAGAGACAGUAUGCAGUACUCUGCUGAACUUACAGGAGAGACUCAAUGAUCUGGAUCGUGCCGCAGGUGAUGGAGACUGUGGCAGCACACAUGCUCGUGCUGCCAGAGCAAUCCAGGAGUGGCUGAGUGUAAACCCUCCACCAGAACAUCCAUCUCAACUACUCUCUGCCCUGGCAAGAUUGCUGCUGGAGAAGAUGGGAGGCUCCUCAGGGGCGCUCUAUGGGCUGUUUCUGACAGCAGCUUCUCAGCCCCUACGAAUGAACAGUGAGCUGUCAACUUGGUCAGUGGCCAUGGACGCUGGUAUUGAAGCCAUGAAGCGAUAUGGUGGAGCUGCACCAGGAGACAGAACCAUGCUGGAUUCACUCUUUGCUGCUGCUGAAGAGCUGAGAGCUCUGAGGAAUCCUGGGGCAAAUCUGAUACAAGUUCUGACCAGUGCUGUACGGCGAGCAGAAGAAGCUGCUGAAUCUACCAAGAAUAUGGAAGCAGCUGCAGGCAGGUCCAGUUACAUUGGCUCAGCCCGCCUAGAUCAGCCAGACCCUGGUGCUGUGGCAGCUGCAGCUAUUCUUCAGGCAGUGUUGCAAGGACUGCAAGCUAAACCAAUGUGACUUGGUGGCAUAAUUUUCCCUCGCCACAAACUGAUUCAUCAGUUGGCAAGAUGUUGCAGGAGCAUCCUUCCUUUCCUGUAUAACGCUCUGUGCUUGAAUCAAAGGAUCUUCAGAGUGAUAAGGUGCUGCUCCUGCUCUACACAGUCUGCAACCAUACCUGAGAGUGUUCUUACAAUGAUUUCUUUUUUAAUUUCUGCAAGCUCAAGCAAAUGGAUAGGACUUUUCUUUUGCUUGGACCAAUAUUUUUGCUUUUCUAAUUCCUGCUGUAAAUAAAAUAUUUUCUGGAGGUACUUGCAGAGUACUGUAGAAAAGAGUCAAUUACAUCCUAAACUGUAACAUCUCCCUCCUGUUUGUUAGAGCUGUACUUUAAUUAAAGCCAUGUACUGAUGCACUUAAAUACUA